CUUAAAUUGCCUAAGAAAUUACCUGAUUACAUGGUCAUAAGAAGUUUUAAGAAUUAUUCUUCUGAAGCGUUUAAAAAUGAUCUAGAACAGCUGAUUUGGCAAGAAAAUCCAAUUGACCAGGGCGUUAACCAGCGACUGGACAAUUUUAAUAAGAAAUUUCUAAGUGUAUUAGAUAUGCAUGCCCCGAUAAAGACUGUUAAGAUUAAACGUCGCUUGUGCCCUUUUGUUGACCAGGAAAUUGUUCAACUUAUGAAAAAAAGAAAUGCGCUGCAUAAACUUGCCCGCCAAACCCUGCAGGCCUUGGACUGGGACAGAUAUCGUUCAUGUAGAAAUCAAAUUAAAAGAAAAUUGAGAGAAUCCGAGAGAAAAUUUGUGUAUAAAAGAAUUAAUGACAAAAAUAGCAACAACAACUCCCUUUGGAAAACUGUAAGAGAAUGUAUUCCUAGAAAUGAAAAACACGUUUAA